CUCCCAGCUGUGUCGCAUCACAGACCAGUGCUAGGAUUUUCGUAAUUAAAUCUGCUUUCUUAAAGUUCAGCUAAAUCUUCUGAUCAUCAUGAGGGAAUGCAUUUCGGUUCACAUUGGCCAAGCUGGCGUCCAGAUCGGCAACGCCUGCUGGGAACUCUACUGCUUGGAGCACGGCAUCCAGCCCGAUGGCCAUAUGCCCUCCGAUAAGACCGUGGGCGGUGGCGAUGACUCCUUCAGCACCUUCUUCAGCGAGACUGGAGCUGGCAAGCAUGUGCCCCGCGCCGUGUUCGUGGAUCUGGAGCCCACGGUGGUGGAUGAGGUGCGUACGGGAACCUACCGCCAGCUGUUCCAUCCGGAGCAAUUGAUCACCGGUAAGGAGGAUGCGGCCAACAACUAUGCCCGUGGUCACUACACCAUCGGCAAGGAGAUCGUCGACGUGGUUUUGGACAGGAUUCGCAAGCUGGCGGAUCAGUGCACGGGUUUGCAGGGAUUCCUGGUCUUCCACUCCUUCGGCGGCGGCACUGGCUCUGGAUUUACCUCCCUGCUGAUGGAGCGCCUGUCCGUGGACUACGGAAAGAAGUCAAAGCUGGAGUUCUCCAUCUACCCAGCACCUCAAGUGUCCACAGCUGUGGUCGAGCCAUACAACUCGAUCUUGACCACCCACACAACGCUGGAGCACUCGGAUUGUGCGUUUAUGGUUGACAACGAGGCAAUCUACGACAUCUGCCGCCGCAACUUGGAUAUCGAGCGACCCACCUACAUGAACCUCAAUCGUCUAAUUGGCCAGAUCGUUUCCUCCAUAACGGCCUCGUUGCGCUUCGAUGGCGCCCUGAAUGUGGAUCUGACCGAGUUCCAGACCAAUUUGGUGCCCUACCCACGCAUCCAUUUCCCGCUGGCGACAUACGCUCCCGUCAUUUCCGUGGAGAAGGCCUACCACGAGCAGCUGACCGUGGCCGAGAUCACCAAUGCCUGCUUCGAGCCCGCCAACCAGAUGGUCAAGUGUGAUCCGCGUCGUGGCAAGUACAUGGCCUGCUGCAUGCUCUACCGUGGCGAUGUGGUGCCCAAGGAUGUGAACGCAGCCAUUGCCACCAUCAAGACCAAGCGCUCCAUUCAGUUCGUGGACUGGUGUCCCACUGGCUUCAAAGUGGGCAUUAACUACCAGCCACCCACCGUUGUUCCUGGCGGGGAUCUGGCCAAGGUGCAGCGCGCCGUCUGCAUGCUGUCCAACACCACUGCCAUUGCCGAGGCCUGGGCUCGUCUGGAUCACAAGUUCGAUCUGAUGUACGCCAAGAGGGCCUUCGUCCACUGGUACGUGGGUGAGGGCAUGGAGGAGGGCGAAUUCGCUGAGGCUCGCGAGGAUCUCGCUGCCCUCGAGAAGGACUACGAGGAGGUGGGCAUCGACUCCACCACCGAGCUGGGCGAGGAUGAGGAAUACUAAGCCUUUCGAGAACGUUACCAACAAUGAUCCUACAAACUCUAUAAACGUCACUUUGUUUUUUCCAAAUACCAAUGCAUAAACUUUCCCAAUAAAACAGUUUAACACAAAUGCUAA